AUAUGACGAUGAAGCGCGGCCUUUAUCGUCUCGAAAUUUGUCAAAACUCCUACCGCUAGCGCUAGGGUUUUUGAUAUCCCGCCCCUCCUCCUUCCGUCGGCUCCAGCAAGCUCCUCCGCGAUUCCGCAACCUCCCGCCGCGAGCUGCUGAACCCUAGCUGGUGGAAGGAAGGAGGAGAUGGCGACGGUGCCGGGGCAGCUGAUAUGGGAGAUUGUGAAGAAGAACAACUGCUGUCUCGUGAAGGAGUUCGGGAGGGGGAGCGCCAGCGUUCAGUUCAGCAAGGAGCCUAACAACCUCUUCAACCUCAACUCCUACAAGCACUCUGGUUUCGCAAAUCACAAGACAGUCACCAUUCAACCUGUGGGUAAGGAGCAAUCCGUGUUGCUUGCUACGACCAAAACCAAGAAACAAAACAAACCCGCUGUAUUGCUCCACAAAUCUGUGAUGAAGAAGGAGUUCAAGAGGAUGGCCAAGGCAGUGAAAAACCAGGUUGCAGAUAAUUAUUACAGGCCUGAUUUGAAGAAUGCUGCCCUAGCAAGGUUGAGUGCUGUGCACAGGAGUCUCAAAGUAGCCAAGUCUGGUGCUAAGAAGAACAGGCAGGCUAUUAGAGUCCGUGGCAGGAAAUGAAAUUGAAGAAAUAUGAUAGAUAUCCAGCCUGCUUUUUGCCCUUUCCUUGUGCUAUGGAAUACUAGUUUGAGUUCUUCUCUUUCCUAUUUAUGAACAUGGAAAGUAAUGUUCUGUCAAGACAAGAUUUUGCAGAGGGUGCUUAGGGUUUGGUUUGUUUACAAUUUUGUUUUUGUUUUAAUUGUCAUAUAUAUAUCAGCUCCCUCGGGAACUUGCUUC